AUGGCUUCCAACGAGGAACGGUCUCCAGGCCCUAAGAUUGGCGAAUACCCCUCCGACCACGAUAGCCUCGAAGUCCCUGCAGUGACCACUUCCGACCCUUCCUCGCUUUCCAGCGCAGUCAAAGCGCGAAAAGACGAAUAUACCCGCCAUCAGACUGUCCAUGUCAAGGUUGGCACUUGGAAUGUGGCUGCGAUCGCUGGAACUGAGAAAGAUGUUGGGAAGUGGUUUGUACAACGGAGGGGAGUGUACGGGCAGCUCUCCGGGUCGUACCCUGCAGGAUCUCAGAGAGAUGAAGGGCCAGAGCCUUCAAUUACUGAAGGUGGUGCCUCGUCUAUCGAGCUUCCACCAGAUCAGGUUGGUCUUUACGUUCUGGGGCUCCAAGAAAUCGUGGAUCUUUCUUCGCCCACGGAGGCACUAAGACCGUACACGGACCCAGCCCCAGCAAAAAGGUGGAAAGAAGCUGUCGAAGCAGCUCUACCCCCGGGAUACAAAUUGGUUGCCGAAAUUCAGCUUGUUGGACUGUUACAAUUAAUAUACGCUGCCCCGUCGAUUGCCGAUAGUGUGUCGGCAGUUAGUAAUACCAGUGUAGGCACAGGUCUGCUGGGUUAUAUGGGCAACAAAGGCGCUGUGGCGACGCGCCUGCUCCUCGGCGAGACUACGUGCAUGAUCUUUGUCAACUGCCAUCUGGCUGCAGGUUCGGACAAGGCGAGCCUGGACCGACGAAAUUGGGAUGCGUCGCAGAUUGUUGGUCGUGCAAAGUUUGACUCUAUUGACCCAGAUUACACACUUCGAGACGAGCUUUCUGAAAGCAUUGGAGAUGAGGAUUUCGCAUUCUGGUUUGGCGAUUUAAAUUAUCGCUUAGAGGAUAUUCCCGGAGAUGAUGUCCGGCAGGUCCUUGCUCGACACACAGAAAACGAAUACGACAAGCGCCAUCAACGGUUUGCCGAGGUCAAUGGUGCAGUUUCUUCCCCGCGUGUCGCGAAUGAAGAUGCACGAAGCCAGUCGCCCGUUUCGGAGGAACUCCCAAACAAGGUGCAAUCGCUCGACCUUGAGGACUUGGAUCCUCACCAGGAUCCAGCCUCCCUUCAGACCACGAUUUCGUCUCUGUUUCCUCAUGACCAGCUGCGGAUGCAGCAAGACAAGCAGAAAGCCUUCCAUGAAGGAUGGCGGGAAGGCCAAAUAUCGUUUCUGCCCACUUAUAAGUACGAUGUCGGUAGUGUGGCCAGGUUUGAUUCGAGUGAGAAGCACAGGGGGCCGAGUUGGUGCGAUCGAAUUCUGUACAGGUCACGUCGGGAUAAGCAGAGGCACGAGCGUCUGGUAAAGGAAGCCGCUGAAGCUAGAAAGCGAGACGAAGAAAUGAAAGCUAGGGGACUGGAGAGUGCCGCGGCAGAUGACAGCGUCCUCUUCGACUAUGAUCCUGACGUCGAUGGGGUGGAGAGUGGGGACGAGUACGACCCUGAUGAAGAUGAAGCCAACAAGGAUGCGCCACCUGAUUUGGAUGCUGAAAGAGACGAUGGAAUACGACUGGACUACUAUCUUUCGCACCAGGGCGUUCUUUCUUCUGACCACAAACCGCUGGUAGCUGGCUUUACGCUAGAACUCAAGUGCGUCGACCCUCAACUCAAAGCUCAGGUGCACCAGGAAGUCGUUAGAGAGCUAGAUAAAGCUGAGAAUGAGUCUCGGCCUGGUCUUACUGUCGUGGUGGACAAUCACGGCCACGAGACAUCUAAGCGGUCCGAAACAGAUCCAAACGAUGUGGAUUUUGGGGCCAUAAAACUGAACGUCCCUGUUAGCCGGUCAGUCACUGUUGCAAACACUAGUGGGGUGUCAGCCACAUUCUCGAUUCAGAAACCGGAGCGCGGUGCUGAGACACCAUCCUGGCUUGAGUUUAGAGUUGAGCCGCCGCACCAUGAUGAAUCUGGUGACCACAAACCGGAAUUACGUGAGUGUACACUCUUGCCGGGGGACAUUGCCAUGGUUGAAAUUACAGUCUGCGUGCGGGAUAUCGAUUUCGUUCGUCUUCUGAACGACGGACAGGUCAAGCUCGAAGAAAUCUUGGUUCUUCGGGUAAAGGAUGGCAAAGAUCAUUUCAUUUCUGCUUACGGAGAAUGGCUGCCAACAGCUUUUGGUCGUAGCUUGGAGGAGCUCACACACAUUCCCGAGGCUGGGGCUCGGAGUUUGACGAAAAAGCCAGCAAACAGCCACGAAGAUGAACACAGGGUCCCCAUAUCAGCUCCCAGAGAACUGUUUAAGCUAACAGAGGCAAUAUCCGAGCUCACCGAACGUGCUGUUGCUGAAUGGGACAUGGUAAAGGGGGAAACAGAAGAUAAGGCUCCGUGGGAAAGAGAGCCACAUGGAGCCGCCUGGCCUUUCGGACCUGAAACAUGGACUUUAAAGGAUAAGGAAGCGCGAUCGCCCCUUUUGGCGCAGGCUCGCGACGCUCUGGAUACGAAUACAGACUUUAGCAAAGUAUUUGCACCAGAGGUCUCUUCUAUGCAUCGCCUGGAAGUCUUGAGUGAGACCCUUGUUUCAUUCCUGCGGUCUUUGAAGGAUGGGGUCAUAUCGGCCUCUCUCUGGCAGGAUCUGGAUCAACAAAUCCAAACACGAGAGAAGGCCAGGCUGCCUCCGCGGUCUUGGGAGGAUUCCCAAGCAUGGGUACUGGAGAACCUUGCAUACUCGCCAGCCCACAGCGUCUCCUUCACAUUCGUGACAUUCAUGCUGGCGCGGAUUGCCAAUGAAAUCGCACCUGUUCCAUCCAAACCCCCACCACCCACUAACGAACCGAAAGAUACCUCUCGCGACUCGAAAGACGGACUGUCAUCGCCCAGUUCCCCAGGAUCAGCAGCAUCCUUCAUAUCAGGAGGAAGCUUCCGCCGCAAACCAGUACCCUCUCCACCUUCGGCCCAAGACACAACCAUAACAACAAUGAACCAACGACGGCAAGCCGUCGAAACCGCCCUAGCCACGUUCUUCUCAUCAGUUCUCAUAUCUACGCAAGUUCCUGUCCCUUCCAAAGAUAGAGAAAGACGAGCCCUUGAGGAGCGCAAGCGCAGCAUCAUCGAGCCAUUCCUCAAGGCGAUUGGCGUAGAUAAUAAUGGGCCGUCAGGUGGCGCGCCGUGA